UAGCCUCAACUACAACACCUCCGAGCUACUUACCCGAACCAAUUACAUCCUAUGGCGCGCAUAGGCAAAAUCACAGAUCAUGAGUGCCGGCCUCUUCGGCUACCUAGAUCAAACCAUUGCAGAACCACCAAAAAUCCUUACCACCAAAAACGCCGAAGGGAAUGAUCAGGUUGUUGUGAACCCUGCCACUACAACAAGAACCCCCUAUACCAUCGUAUGUCUAGCAACGAUAGAACAGGAUGCGUUGUUUUACCCGGGAAAAAAAUAUGAUGCGUUGUUUCCCACUUUCCCCACUUUAAGGCCAACCUCCCCGUUCCCACAUCUCCACCUCUUGUGCACGAAGUGUUUUCCUAUUAUCCCCUCGUUUUGGCCUUCAUCCUAAACGAGAGACGCACCUACAGCCGCUAGGGUUCCAACCACCGCCGUCCAUCGCCCUUGACCGCCUCCCCUGUUCCGUCGGUAUGUUCAAGAGCCUCCGCCAAGCCCUCCUCCCUCACCACUUUCUCCGCGCGUCGGGGACGCACUCGACGUCGUCGCCCAUCCUCCUCGCACUGGGGAACGCGUCGCCGCCGUUGUUUCAUCCGCAUGACCGGAGAUGCAGACGCCGACGUUGUUCCUCCACAGUCCACAUAGCAAGGAACGACGCAAGCACCGACGCCCCCAUCUUCCUCAACUGCAGUAAUUCAGCAGCUGCACAUGCUGAUUUCAAAUCUACUAAGAUUUCCUAUGUUACGCGCAUCACUGAAGGGAACCGUUUACUGACACAUAAGUUUCUUGUUGAAAUAAAUGCGGGAUUCUUCUACCCAAACGUUGAACAAGAGAUGAUUUCUACAGAGACAACAAGUUCAGAACCUGUAAGGUUUGCUAAGGAAAUGACAAUAAUUUCGUGAUCAACCCAAAGGCAUAUUUUCUUCAUACCUUGAUGUCCUAGGCAGAGUUGGGGUAACCAAUUCUUAGUUGUUACUUCAUGAUGGUUCUAAUUCACUUACAUUCAACCUUGAUCUGUUUUGGGUUCUAGUUUAAUUAAGAACAUGUGUCAUGAUUUAACCAACUGAAUUUCGAACAUGGAAGUUGUUUGAGAUUAUACGUAAUACUACUUUUAAGCGUCAUAACAAUCAGUUAAGUGUAAGACAAAAACCAUGUAGAAAAGCAAGUUCGACAACCUUUUUCACCAGGCUUAUACCUGAACGGCUGAUGCAUGUGCAUAUGGUAUGUAAUUGUAGUAAGACGGGAACAUGCCGAUUGAUGUUUCAAGUGAUGACAAUGCAUAGGGACUGGAGGCGUGGUUCGAGGCGGCAGUUAACAAUCAUGCAAUUUUCAGGAAGAAUGAUUGUGUACCUUUUUACUCAAUACUCAUUUCUUAUGAUGCAUUAGGUUUUAAUUUUCCUGCUGCUAUGUGUGUGGAUCAAUCCUUACUAAUUUUCUUGCCGCUUGUGGUCUGAGUCCUUAUCUCUGCUCGGGGUGACGCUGCAAGAUCGGACGGAAACCAGACUUCUUAUGGUAGGCUCAGUCUCGUAUGUUCUUUUACCCCGCAGCUAAUCAAUUAUUCUGUGAUGUCCGCUCUUGUAUACUAAUUAUGGCAUGUUUUUGUCUAUACUAAUUAGAUCAUGCAUUCCUUCAAGGUCAAGUCAGGGGCUCGGGGUAGACAGUUCAUAGUUUUCUU